UUUGAAUAAGUUGCGAAGAUCCUCGCUUAAUGGCUUUCCCGACUGAUCUUUUUCCAGCCACCUCUUUGGAACCACACAGUGUUCCGCACAUGGCAGCUACUGGACCCCGGAAUGCAAUGCACCAGCCCAGGGUUACUCUGCAAAACCGUGUUUCUUGGGGUGAGCCGCGCUCCUACCCUAUUCCAGAUAGUGUAGUCAGCUUCCCUAGCAUGUAGCAAUUCCUUCACUUCGGAACCUGGGUUUCGAGAAGAUCAUGGGUUUUUUCGGGCAAGACAACAUAAUGAAGCGUGCAAACGAGAUGGUGGGUAGAAAGAGAGCAAAGGUCAAUGCUGAACUCUUGAUCGAUGCAGAAUGUAGCAUGCACAUAUACCUGCACAUACUCGGCAUAUUCAUUCACGCAGAACCAGCCAGUCACAUUACCCGUCUCUUUGCCACACCUUGCACACCACACAACCUGGACCUCUCUGCCGCCACUUCCCUCUGGACUUUUUAUCCCCCAUUAGCAGGAGCAAAGAGGAAAAAAAAAAAAACGGCCCAUCGGCAGGAUUUGCGAGCUGGUUGCCCCCAAUUCUUUUUGGCAGUUGCCCUUCUUGUUCGACCCACCAUUCCGUCCCAAGCGCGUCAAAAAAGCACAGACACGCUGCAACCUCUCCGAACACACAAACACUGACCACAACUUAACAUCUGCAUACAUUUACCACUUCCUCACUGUCCGCUGAACCGCUCGGAGGAGGGCUUCUUACGUGCCGACAGCCUGCAACAAUACCUCCAACCAGCUCAGCAUCUCGGGCCACAGAUUGGACUUGACGGUCCCUCACCAGCAAGAGGUUCGAGCCACGAGUCAUUAACCUACAGCUGGGCAUUGAGGGGGGAGCUCAGCAGGAGGGCACAUCCUGGCAGGCAAAUCCACCUGAGGUGGGCUCGCACCAGACCAGGAAGCCGGGGUUGCAUGGGCGAUUGGCUGGCUGCCCGCUUUUUUUAGCUGAAUUAUCCUGCGGCUUCGAUAAGAGAAAGCGCAAACCCUGGGGGCAACCUGGACAGUCACUGGAUCAUCAAAGGCCGAGGGUCCCCGAAGGCGAAAACGAUUACCUAUUGCCCGCCUUAUUUCACCGGAAAUCGUAGAACAGCCGGUCGCCGUGUGUUGUCGACGGGUAACGAGAAACGGGAGGCGGCCAGAAGCCGGGAACUGACAACAACAAAAUAACAACAAACCCCGGCCCGUACUGCCUUUUGACCGCACACUCCGCAGUAACCUACCUGGGUAUCAUCAGUCAGUCCCCUGUCCCGAUCACUUGUGGGCUGGUGGGGAUUCCUCGUUGCUCCAGGUCGGCUGGUGUCCCAUUCUGCUGCUGCCCAGCGUUCAGCAACCGCAAGCACCCAUUCGCAAGGACCCAGCAUCUACACUACAUACAUACCAAGCAUCGGCUCAAUUCACGCAGUGCCUGCCUGUUGUCUGAGGUGGCCUUCCAAAGCAAGCCACUCCAUAAGUGAUAACUCGCCUGGACCACGCGUCAAAAAAGACAAAAGACAGCAAGCAGUACACGCCUCUGAGGACAUCUCAACAGGCCUUCAAGGUCAAAUAACAUAUUGUAUUUACACCUUCACCGACUUCCAGUAAUUACCAGCCAUUUUGUGCAGGACGUGCCUGCCCAGGCUCAGCACAUCCUCCUCCACACAGGGCUCCACUCAUCUUGUCAACGAUUCGAGAACGUCAACCCCUCCCUCUCAUUCACUUUCGUCCACGCGCACCAUCACAGUGGGUAGCCUGAACUGGGGUGACCACCCUUCAUCUGUUGCAACUGGAGAAUUAUACCGGCCCUGCUAGGUUUGGACCAUACAGCUUACCGGUACCCCAUCUAUCUCAUUUCCCACUCACCACACCUGUAUAAAAUUCGCGUCCUCCCGCACUAAGCUCGAUUUUCCCUCGCGCAUUUCUCAAGAGGGCGGCUCCCGACUUCAGUCUGCACGUCAAUCAGCAUCUGGAACGUGCCUCUCUUUUCGCAGAGGCGACAGGCUUCAUCACCACACAGCAUCCUCCAUCAUCACAAGCUGUUUACAUACAUCAGCGACGACAAGCCGCCGUCGUCGAUCAACAGAGUCAGUCCUCAGCAAAGCACAAACCUUAAAACAGACCCAUCAAGCUAUCCCGUACUGUCGAGAGGGAGAGCCACUUUUCUAGCCCUUUUAGCGCCUUCGCCCUGAAAAGAGAAUCGUGCAGUGGCAGAGGGAGAGAGGCACUGGGCGCAUUUUAGCCAAACUUUUUUUCCGCCAAGGGUGGAUCUCUUGAAAGUCAGAACCAUCCUUGUCUGGUGACUGGAUUGAUCUGCUUGGUGGACGCCUAUCAACAAGCCCCCAUCGAGUCAAGUACAAGGACCCUGGUUCUGCGGAGUCCCCUCAGAGCUACCAAGAGGAAGACCGUCUGGGCCCAACAAAGCUAAAUAAGAGCGCCAGCAUCGCCGGUCCUCGAGCUAUCAGGUGCCGGGUCAUCGACGAUUCAUCAAGGCUACAGCCCUCUACCCCUUGUCUGUCUGAACGCCUUAAUACAUUGUUCCCGCCGCCGCCCGCUACUUGGGACGAAAGCAGCCAUCUUUCAAUCCGCCAGACCUCCCGCUUUACGCCUCCACCAGCAGCUCGCUUCACGCCGAUUCCACCCAGACGGGAGUAUGCUUAGGGAGCUUCCACCACAGCAGGCUACAUCACUCCCCCGCCCUGGCCAGGAACAGCUGCCAGGCAAACAGCAUAUGGAACGCACUGCCGACUAUUCAGGUUUGCCAUCGCCUUAUCCUAGUACCGUCGGCGACGCCCAAUCUGAGGCCUCUUCUGUAGAUCCUGCUACGGUUGCAUCGACAACAUAUUCUCAGCAGCCAGAAGUGAGGUCAGCAACCGCGUACCCGGCAGCAGGCACGCCAACUUCUUCAGAGUACAGCGUGUAUCCUCCUCACUCGGCCCGGUCUGCCAACGGCACUUUUCCGGACACCCAUCUCCAGCGUUCCUACCACCCGGCCAGCAACCACCAAGGCAGCAGUGGAGGUAUGGCGCAAACACCAACCAGUCCGUUGCCUUUACAAGAUGGGCGUAGCCAUCACAACCCGCAGCAAGCCAGAUCUGACAGCGGAGUACCUAUAGAUCCAUCAAUCGCCGCAGCAAGCCCGACGACGUAUUCUCAUCCGCAAUAUUCGCCCUACGCCGCUCCCCAUCAAGACAUGUCCCACCAAUACGCCCACUCGGGUGUUUACCAGACAAGUCGACCAGAUUGGGCCACCUAUCAGUCCCCUGGCGGGGUUAUGGCCGGAGGCCACCACGCUGUCUUCGCCCCAUCAGCAUCGGCAGCUGCUCAACCACGACCUAAUCAGGUGUACUCAUUCGUGCCAAUUCCGGGCGCGCAACAACAUAAACGCCCUCGGAGAAGAUAUGAAGAAAUCGAGCGCAUGUAUAAGUGCGGGUGGAAUGGGUGCGAAAAGGCCUAUGGGACACUCAACCAUCUCAAUGCGCAUGUCACCAUGCAGGGUCAUGGAAACAAGAGGACUCCUGAAGAAUUCAAGGAAAUACGUAAAGAGUGGAAGGCGCGCAAGAAGGAGGAGGAAGCUCAAAGGAAGGCGGAAGAAGAGCGUCAACGCCAGGCUGCCGCCUCCGCCGCUGCUGCGCAAGGCACGGCGGAUUCCUCCGUCGCCGACGGUGCCCAACCAGCCACCACAUAUUCGGGUUCGAGGGCCGUUCAGCUCCCGCCGAUUGGCUACGGUCCUGCUCAGUACCCUGCCCCUCCUUCGGCGGGCAUGCAGCAGCCCCUUUCCGAGUACCAGAGCGCUGCUCACGUCUACCCCAGCUACUCGCCCCCUACGUACGGUCAAACAUCUCAGCCAAUGUAUAACCAGCACAACGGCGGCCAAAACAACCACUAGAGGGAGGAGGCUUUGCGAUGGAGUGGAGCAGGUUAUGACGAUGGCACAAUGCCACCAUGGAGCUGAAUGCUCGAGAUCCUCAUGGCGUCAUGUCUACACUUCGUGCCGUAGAGCCGGUCAAAAGGAAACGCCGAUAUGGCUUUACUUUGAUUUUUGUGGAGCGUUCACACAAGCUGCCGAUAAUUUUCGAGGUCGGCUGACGAGGAUAGGGGGGCUAGGUUGGUAUCGACAGGUUUGGUCGGAGCGGAGCAUUUACAAAGUCAUGGCUGUCUCGGAGCAUUGGGUUGAAGGUGUUUGUUGUGGUUCUUGUGUUGUUGUUUUUGGCAACCUUCCCGCGCUAAUGUUAUCUUACCAAAACUGUAUACUUUCUGGGAGGGUUGCGAGACCUCUUUUUCAUUUUUCGGUUGUGGAGGAAAUACCCCGGGGAUGGAGAAUGCUUGGUUGGCGGAUGUGUGGAGUUGUCUGUGUCUUGAUUGAAUUCUCGCUUAUUGUUUAUGUCUACAUGUCUAUUCUUCUCUUUCCUGCACAUCAAAUCAAAUUGAGAGCGGGGGGUGUUUUGCGACUUUGUUUUGCAAGGCUUUGAAAGAAAGAUUAUAGAGAUCAGGAAAUAGGGAAAAGGAGGAUUGGGAGGUGCGUGUUGGCAGUCGGUGAAAACGAGAGAAGGAUGGGUAAUGGCUUUGUGCGUUGUUGAGUGAGGAGCAUGACACAAUGCUCGGAACAGACGCAAGCAAAGGGUGGAGAGCAAGGAAAAGGCGUGCAUAAUUUGAUCAUGCUGGGAGGUGCCUUUGUCACUGACUACUGGCAUUGCCGCCGACGAUCGGCCCUGGCAACUGGAAAGCCGUUCCCUGGAUUGCUCGUGGUGCGGCUUCGCCAGCAGGCAAUGGAAAAGGUGCGGUUGCAUAUGAUACGGCGACCGUCCACCUACCCAAGCAUUUGUUACGUUAUAUAAGCACGCCGUGGUAUGGGCUCUGACUUGGUAUGGGAAAAAACCAGACCAGGCUCAUGUCCACAUACAUAUGAGGCGAGGAAGAGGAACAUCCAACCGCCGCCCCCCUCUCAAGAAGCAGAGCGGAACUUAUCUAGAAACUUGAGGAUCAAAAUUGUAAAACUCCAACAAACAACGGCCAAGCGCUCUACCUUCCC